AUGAAGGUGCCAGCCCUUUUAGAUACAAAGGAUCGAGUAGGCAGCUACCUCUCUCACAGAGUCCUUUCACCAUACCGUACGGCUACCAUGAGAGGCUCUAGGUUUCCACAAAAAAAAGUGAAUGUACGCUGCUCAAGUAAUAUUGGGAAAGCAGUCCCUUCUCCUGAUUCUACACGUCUUGGUCUACAGAUUGGAAAUAGAAAUAUGGCCCUGGACUAUGCAACUGAGAAAAAACUGCGGCCUCUUUAUGAGGCCAUCGAUGAUUGCCAGUACAAACAGGCACUUCAGCUUGUGACCAAGAUGUUAAAAAAAACCCCAGACUGGCCAUUGAUCAAGGCUUUAAAGGCCCUUGUACUCGUCAGAACAGGAAAGGAGAAUGAGGCGUCUGAACUUUGCAAACAAGUUAAAAAGACAAUCCCGGCUGAUGAUGCCACUCUUCAAGCUGUGACAAUGGUCUAUAAGGAACUCGGUGAACACACUUCUAUUGUUGAAUUGUAUGAAAGUGCUGCCAAUUCCCAACCGAAAAAUGAAGAGUUUGCCAACCAUUGGUUUAUGGCAAUGGUUCGCAGUAGUGAUUACAAGGGACAGCAACAAGCUGCGUUAAAACUACAUCGUACUUUCAAGUCCAAUAAGUACCUCUUCUGGGGAAUUAUGUCUCUUGCACUUCAGGGAGAGGGUGGAUCGAGUCUUUCGUACAUGCUUGCCGAGAGAAUGAUGGCAAAGGCUCAGGAAGAAGGUCGAUUGGAAGAAGUAGAGCACUUUAGAUUGUAUCUCUUGAUUCUGCUGGACCAGAAGAAACAUGAAGAGGCACUCGCAUUAUUUGAUACCCCUCUCGGAGAGAAAUCUCUUCGUGAUCCUGAAGUGCGCCAGAUGAAGACCGAGCUGUUGUCGACAAACAAAAAGUGGUCCGAGGUUCUGGCUGCUAGUGAAAAGGCUCUUGUGCAUGAGAAUGCAGACGAUUGGAUCAACUGGCUUGCUUAUUUUGACGCUGUAGAAGCUCUUGUUGCGGAAGACAACAAGGAAGUCGUAAAUAAUGCCCAUCAGCUUAUUGAGAAACUGAAGAAAUCUGCAUUGGAGGCACCUAUGAUGAAGAGAGGACCUUUUUUGGCCGAGCUUGAAUUUGAAUACAGACUUGCCAAAAAGCAAGAUCAGGGACAUGAUCAAUCAAAUUUGCUGCAGAAUAUUGUCACCUACUUUGCUCAAUUUGGAUCCAAGAGCUGUUGCUUCGAAGAUCUUCAGAAUUAUACUUCUUACUUGAAAUUAACCCCUGAAAAGGCAAAAGGGUUUAUCCAGUCCCUUAAGGAUACCAUUAAGGAGACAGGUGAAAAGGCAGGAAAGGUCAAAAACAUCUACAAAGACACGAAUAUUCGAAAACUGGAGCGGUUCUUGGGACUUCAGUCUCAGUUGAGCUUGAAGGAAGGAAUUGAACUUGUGAAUGGUCUUUGGAAAGCUUACGAGGACGCUCUUCCUCUUGGAAAGGGACUUGAAAAGACAGAAUAUCAAUAUGGUGAUGAAUAUGUCAUUCUUGCAACCCACAUACUUUUGGAUCUUUACCAUGAGCACAACAACACCUCUUUAUUGAUCCAGGCUGUCUCUCUCUUGGAGAUUGCUUUAGUUAAGAGUGUCAGUAACUUCCAAAUCAAGUUAGCCCUGGUUCGACUAUACGCUAUUCUCGGCAUCUACACACGUAUCGAGCAAAUAUACUUGACGAUGGAGAUUAAGCAGAUCCAAUUUGACACUAUGAUUCACUAUUUCACUGAUAAACUCUUUUCUUUGGGAUGUCUGGAUGAAAUUGAGCAGUCUUUGUAUGACGCUCUUGUAAUUUACAAGAGUAACGAGGUUGAGACCCCUGAGAUGCUCGUGAAGGCCUAUCAAUUCGGCACAUUCUCCAAGAUUCAAGAAUUUAUCGAGUUCCGCAACCGCCUUGAUACCUCAUUACAACACUCUAUUUCUUUGGUAGAGCUGAUUAGAAUUGAUGCUAUGAAUGCGACAUUCCAGAUCAAAAACGGCGUCCAAUUCUUCCAUGAUCUUGACGUUUCUAAGAUCAAGUUUGAUGACGUUUUCAUUGACAGCCGAUCCGACAACAGAGACUUUAAGGUGUUCAUGAACUGCAAUUCAAAAGAAAUCCAAUCUGCACAGGAACUGUUUAAACCUACAAUCAGCACAAAUAAAACAUGGGUUCAAAUGUUCUCCUAUGUAUUCAAUAUUCUGAGUGCUGCAUGUGAUACUAAAGGUGUAAAAGACCUGGACUCUGUUGUUAAGCAAUUCACAGAAUUCCUUGGUCGAGAGAGUAUCCAAGCUAAUGUAACUUGCCAAGAAUAUUGGCUGGCAAAAUAUGUUUCCGAUCUCUCCAAUGCAUUGGUUCUGUCAAAAUCUUCGGUCAAGAACGCUGACAAUUCAAAGAAGAUUGCAGGCUUUUUAAAGGAUGCAGCUGAAAUCAUGGAAAAACAUGUUAUCGAGACACGCCCCUACACAACAGAGACAAUAUCCUGGGUUGAUUUCCACAAGACCAACACUGUUUUGGAGGUAUUCAAUUAUGGCUCUGUUCUUCUCGAAAUGUUGAACCGAUCGCUUGGGUUGACUAGCAAAGAUGCCAAAAGAAAGGCGGCAGAAAACAAGGUGGAUGAAGUGCUUAUGAACCUUACUGCUCUCCAAGCGAUCGCCAAAAAGUCUAUGGUUACCGUACAAACAAAUGUGAAGACUGGAAAGGACUUAUUUAGAAUUCAACUUCAGAAGAAACUAAUCAAAGAAAUCACAAACUCUGAGGUUGUCCUUGAUUAUUUCAAAACAAAGGAGGCUCAGACAGUAUUGAACGACCACUUGAAGAUCAUGGUGACAAGUUGGGCAUUAUCUAUUGAACGUUAUACGGAUGAAGUCAAUAAGCGUAUUUUGAAGAUGUGAAAAAAAAUGAUGGUUAUUCUGAAGACUAGGAAAAUGUCGUAGAAGAUUUAAUAAACUGAACACAAACAUACAUUAAAU